CGUCGGAUCCAGCAUCACCGCCAGGGAUUCUUUCUCUUGUCGUUGUCGUCGUCGUCGUCAUCGUCGUCUGGCACUCGAGGGCUCUUCUCGCACCUCGUCUCUAGGUAAGUCCUGAGCCAGCGGAAGAGGCGACAAAGCAGGAAGAGGAAGACCAUCAGUUUUGAAACCUCAUCGCAUCUUCGAGGACCGCUGCUUCUUCAGUCCGGGAAUAUGAGGGCCAUCUAUUUGCUCCUCCUCGGCGUUGUUGCCGUGAGUGCCCAGCGUCGUUUAGCCUUGCCUGACCCGCGAAGUUGCGCGAACCGCGUCCGUCACUCGACGUACAGGGAUGGCAGGGGGGUUGUACACUCGUACUUCUUCAGCUGGGAACAUCUGCCAACUAGGAAUCUCGAGGUGGACUGGCUGGAUGCUCGCAACAUCUGCCGUCGUCAUUGCAUGGACGCCGUGUCUCUGGAGACACCUCAGGAGAACGAAUUUAUCAAGCAGAGAUUAGCAAGAGGAAACGUGAGGUAUAUUUGGACAUCGGGCCGUAAGUGCAAUUUCAACGGCUGCGAUCGACCUGAUCUUCAGCCCCAGAACAUUAACGGAUGGUUCUGGUCUGGAUCUGGUGCCAAGAUUGGACCAACGACCCAACGUAACUCUGGUGACUGGAGCAACACUGGAGGAUAUGGUCAACCGCAACCAGACAACCGUGAGGCUGCACAGGGUAACGACGAGUCCUGCCUGUCCAUCUUAAACAAUUUCUAUAAUGACGGCAUCAAGUGGCACGAUGUGGCCUGCCACCAUGUAAAACCCUUUGUGUGUGAGGACAGCGAUGAGCUUCUCAAUUUUGUUGCAUCCCGAAAUCCAGGAAUCCGUUUAUAAAAGGAUCCAACCGUGAACGGAUUCGGGCGAGCAGACCAUCACAUCGUA